UCUUCCACUGUCUGAUGGAGAUGAACGACUGCUCAGUACAUCAGGAGAUCCAAGAGUUCCUGAAGUCAGAGAACAGAUCAUGGAAAGUACUCUCUGAUAUCCAGUGCUCAGCUCUGUCCUACAUGCUGCAGAUGUCAGAGGAGGUUCUGGAUGAGUUGCACCUGUGGAAGUACCAAGCAUCACAGGAGGGACAACGGAGACUGAUCCCAGCUGUGAGGAACUGCAGAAAGGCUGUACUUUCUGCAUGUAAAGUCUCAGAGACUCACUGUGAAGUUGUGGCCUCAGCUCUGAAAUCCAACCCUCAUCUGACAGAUCUGGACCUGAGUGGAAACAAACUGUCUGAUUCAUCAGUGAAGCUUCUGUCUGCUGGACUGGAGAGUCCAAACUGUAGUCUGAAGGCUCUGAGAUUGGGAUUCUGCAGGUUGUCAGAGAUCAGCUGUGCUUCUCUGGUCUCAGCUCUGAAGGUCAACCCCUCCCAUCUGAGAGAGCUGGAUCUGACCUACAGCGACCUGAAGGAUUCAGGAGUGAAGCAGCUGUGUGGUUUUGUGGAGAGUCCAGACUGCAAACUGGAGACUCUGAGAUUGGGAUUCUGCGGUUUGUCAGAGACCAGCUGUGAUUAUCUGGCCUCAGCUCUGAAGUCCAACCCCUCCUAUCUGAGAGAGCUGGAUCUGAGAGGAAACAGGCUGAAGGAUUCAGACAUGAAGCCACUACGGAGAUGA